CCAGGCGGUGCUGACCAAACGGUCUGAGCGCGUGGCUGAGGCGUGCGAGCGGAGCUGGCGACGCAGCUGGGCUUCCUCAGAACUGGUGGCCUGAGCGUCGAGGAGCGGCCCUGAGAGGACUAGGGGCGUGCGAACGACGCUGUCUUGUUAAGGCUCACACUGCUGUCUCCUUUCUUCCUCUCCAGCCUUUGGCCCUUCUCGUAAGGAUGAAAAUGCUUCUGUUUGAUGUUUGGGCCCUGAUGGUCUUGAUCCCUUGCCCAGGGGCCACAGAAGAGCUAUUUGAGGUUUCUGUUUGGCCAAAUCAGGCCCUGGUGGAGUAUGGACAGUCCCUAGUGGUCAACUGCAGUACCACCUGUCCAGAGCCAGGACCCAGUGGAAUUGAGACCUUCUUAAAGAAAACCCAAGUGGGCAAAGGGCCUCAGUGGAAAGAGUUUCUCCUGGAGGAUGUCACAAAGAAUUCUGUCCUGCAGUGCUUCUUCUCUUGUGCAGGGAUCCAAAAGGACAUAAGCCUUGGCAUCACUGUGUAUGAACCACCAAAGGAGGUGAUCCUGGAGCUGCAGCCUGCAUGGGUGGCCGUGGAUGAAGCCUUUACAGUGACAUGCCAUGUGCCCAGUGUAGCACCCUUGGAGAACCUCACCCUUACCCUUCUCCAGGGUAACCAAGAACUGUAUAGAAAGAACUUUGUGAGCUUGGCUGUGACCUCCCAAAGAGCUGAAGUCACCAUCAGUGUCAGAGCCCAAAGGGAGAAUGACGGGGGCAAUUUCUCCUGCCGCGCAGAACUGGACUUGAGUUCACAAGGUGGAAGUCUCUUUCAAGGCAGCUCACUCAUCAAAGUACUCCGGAUUUUUGAAUUCUCUGACAGCCCCCAGAUCUGGGUCUCUUCACUUGUGGAGGUUGGAAUGGCAGAGUAUGUGAGCUGUGAGGUGGCUAGGGUGUUUCCUGCCAAAGAAGUUAUGUUCCACAUGUUUCUGGGAGAUCAGGAGCUGAGCCUCUUCCUCUCCUGGGAGGAGGACACAGCAUGGGCCAAUGCCACCGUUCGGGCAAUGGAGACGGGUGAUCAGGAGCUGUCCUGCCUUGUAUCUCUGGGUCCAGUGGAGCAGAAAGCAAGAAAGCCAGUGCAUGUCUACAGUUUCCCUCCACCAAUCCUGGAGCUAGAAGAACCAUACCCACUGGCAGGGACAGACAUUAAUGUGACCUGCUCGGGGCAUGUAUUAACAUCACCCAGCCCUACUCUUCGGCUUCAGGGAGCCCCAAAUCUCCCUGACCCUGGGAAGCCUGUUUGGCUUUUUCUUACUGCCAGAGAGGAAGAUGAUGGCCGAAAUUUCUCCUGUGAGGCCUCUUUGGAGGUGGAGGGUCAGCAGUUGAUUAAAACCACUGUGAUUCAGCUCCAUGUCUUAUACAAGCCACGGUUAGAGGAAUCUGAUUGCCCUGGCAACCAGACAUGGGUAGAAGGGAUGGAGCAGAUGCUUGCCUGCCUCCCAAAGGGAAACCCAGCUCCAGUCUUGGUGUGUACCUGGAAUGGGGUCAUCUUCAACCUUCAAGUGCCACAGAAGGCAACCCAGAACCACACUGGAACCUACUGCUGCACGGCCUUUAACCAGCUGGGCUCUGUUAGCAAAGACAUUGCUGUUGUCGUUCAAGGACUGGAUAAAGGAGUCAGCUCUACCAUCUUCAUCAUUAUUAUCGUCAUCCUUGGAGUGGGUUUAAUCACUGUAGCGCUAUAUUUGAACUGCAAAAGAGAGAGGAGGAAAUUGCCCUAUGGGCAGAAAGAGAAGAACAAAGAGGAGGAAAGCCAGUUUGCUGUUCAACAAGCAGAAAAGUGCAACUCACAUAAUUGUUGAAUAGAAACAGCUUUUGGUUGUAUGAAACUUCUAUUACUGGGGUUUCCCAGGGAGGGAAAAGAGGGUUAGAGGAGAAAGGAAGAAACAGAAUAUGAGGCUACAUUAACUUUUCUGUUCUUCUGUCCCAUAAAACAGUGUUCCAGGCCCCCAUGUCCCUGUGUCCAAUCCAUCCACAAGCUCACUUUUCUCCUUUGUGUUCACACUAGUCACAUUUCAUUCUCAGUUUUCAACUAGUGAGAAGGUCUCUUGCUCCUUUUUAGGUGCUUAAUCAGUCCACUCGUAGAUUCAGAAAAGAAGAUCCUGCCCUAUUCUGUCAAACAUCAGACUCAAGACAUAAUCAGACACAUCUUAGAAAUUGCAACUCAUUUCUCAUGGUUUCCUGACGACUAACUGGGAACUAAUUUUUUAGUCCAUGGACAAGACUUUGAAGGGGAUACUCCCAUCUCUGCUUUCCCCUCACCUGGGGUUCUGGAAUGCAUACUCCCAGAGCUGAGCUUGAUAUCAUUAAGGGUCCAUGACUGGUUAAGCUUCAACUGAGUAACCAUCUGUUGUGGC